GGCUCCGGGCAGCCCGUCGGCUCCUUGGUCCCGCGCAGUGGCCCGCUCUCCAGCACCUCCCGAAAUGGGACGCCGGUCAUCAGAUACUGAAGAAGAAAGCAGAAGCAAGAGAAAAAAGAAACACCGUAGACGGUCAUCUUCAAGUAGUUCUUCAGAUAGUAGAACAUACAGCCGAAAGAAAGGUGGAAGGAAAUCAAGGUCAAAGUCAAGAUCUUGGUCCAGAGAUCUUCAGCCUCGCUCUCAUUCAUAUGACAGAAGACGCAGGCAUCGAUCGAGCAGUAGCUCUUCUUAUGGCUCUCGAAGAAAACGUAGUCGAAGUCGUUCAAGGGGUCGAGGGAAAUCCUAUAGAGUUCAGAGAUCUAGGUCAAAAAGCAGAACAAGAAGGUCUAGGUCAAGACCUCGUCCACGUUCCCAUAGUCGAAGCAGUGAAAGGUCCAGUCACCGAAGAACCCGUAGUCGGUCUCGGGACAGAGAACGACGUAAAGGCAGAGAUAAGGAGAAAAGAGAAAAAGAGAAGGACAAAUGCAAGGACAAGGAAUUACACAACAUCAAACGUGGGGAAUCUGGAAACAUCAAAGCUGGAUUAGAACAUCUGCCACCAGCCGAACAGGCCAAAGCCAGACUACAGCUGGUUCUUGAAGCAGCUGUCGAUGAUCUGUUUUGA